AUGUUUUCUACAUUAGUCUCAUACAUACAGAUAAACAAAUAUGAUAAAGUAAUUGGCAUAGUUACUCAACGAAAAGAACUUCAAAGGAAACUCGUUCAGUUUGUUUAUUUAUAUCGAUAUCGUUUGCGUUUAUCAUGGGUAUAUUAUGGACCAUUUCAAAAGACCAUCCGUGCCAUUGGAUGUCAAAAAAAUAAUGAAGAGAAGAAUAAAUUUAUUUGGUUUCAACUUUUUAAACAAUUAAUUAUUCAGUUUGAUAACGAUCCAUUGUCAUGGCAUGAUCUUAUUAAUCAACUCUAUCGUCGUUGCUUUGGUAAUGAAUGUCAGUUUCGUCAUAUCGAGCAAUUCAAACAAGAUUAUUGUUCAUCGAAAGCGAUUUAUUGGUAUUCAAGAAGUGAUCUUCAACUUUAUCGUAUCGUCAAUCGUGCUCUACGUACUGAAGAUCUAAUUGAGCUGUUUAAUUAUCGAUUAUUUAUUCGUGAUAUGAGCAACCUGAUGCGUACAUUGUGGAAAAAAGAAAAACGAACAUCCUCAGUUAUUGUAUAUCGAGGUAGUCGUGAGAUGAAAAUUGUUCUACGGCGAUUACGAGAAAAUAUUGGAAAUGUUAUUGCUCUAAAUGGAUUUUUGUCUUGUUCAAAAAGUCGACACAUCGCUGAACUUUUUGGUGGUAUUAAUGAAGAGCUAAAUGACAAUGAAAUAUCAGUUAUCUAUGAAAUUGAAGUUGAUUCAUCGAUUGUUAUGGCUGAUAUUUCAGAAGAAUCGCAAUUUCCCGAUGAAAAAGAAGUGUUAUUUGAUUUAGGAAUGACUUUUAAAGUCAUAUCAGUGAAAUGCGAUUCGAAAGAGAUCUAUUGGAUCGUUCAACUGAAAGCAACUGUUGAUGGUAGUUCAGUAGCUAAUGAAUUUAUUGAUUUCAAUCAGUUGGAUCUUAAAAAAGAUAAGUCCAUUGAAGUUCUCUAUGGGCAACUUCUAAUAGAAACUGGUGAAUUUAUUAAAGCACGUUACUUUUUUGAAAAUCUUGUCAAAUAUCAACGAACAGCAGAUGCUUAUUAUUAUAUGGGUAGAAUUUGUUCAGUGUUAGGCGAAUAUGAUCUAUCAGAGAAGUUCUUUAAGUUCGCUUUUGAUGAACUUCAAACGAAUCCACAUUCGAGAUCAAUUGAUAUGAUGCGAGUAUUAAAUGGAUUAGGCUUUAUUUGUAGUCUUCAAGGAAAUUUUGAUCAAGCUUAUGAGACAUAUGAAAAGGCAUUGCAGCAAGGAAAAAUAUUAUUUCCGAAUUAUGAACAUUAUGAGUCCAUUCCAGUGCUCAAUAACAUAGCUUCUGUUUUAGAAGAUCAAGGAAAAUAUGAUCAAGCAAUUCAAACUUUUGAACAAAUAUUAAUUAUCUGUGACCAGAUUCAUUUACAUCCAGAUCAUCCAAAACGUGCUUUAGCUUAUAACAAUUUGGGUAAUAUUUAUACGACAAUCAAAAAAUACGAUCUAUCUUUGACAUGUCUAUUUAAAGCUUUUUCCAUACGAUUAAAACUCCUUCCUCGAGGUCAUUUUGACUAUGGCUGGAAUUUCAUGCAACUGGGCCGUGUCUUUAUAUAUGUGAAGCAAUUCGAAUGUGCUCGACUAUGUUUGAAUGUCGCAUUCGAUAUCAUGUCAGUAACUGUUCCGAAAAAUCAUCUUAAUAAAGCCGAAUAUCUUUUACAAUUUGGUAACUUGAAUCAGGAACAAAAAUAUUUUCGUCGGGCACUCGUUUGGUAUAGACGGGCUUUGUCAGCUCGUCUGAAACUGCUACCUUCUGAUCAUCGUGACAUUGGUGUUGUAUAUGAAAAAAUUGGUGAUAGUCUGCGGACACUUGGACGUAUUGGAGAAGCCAUUGAAAACUAUCAACGUGCAUUGAAGAUUUACAUCGAUAAAUUGUCACCUGAUCAUUCGUUUACUGCUCAUCUCAAGGAAACCAUAAUACAUCUUAUUUAA